AUGGCCAGCAAACUGAGUUUAAUCGUCUUUAUGGCUAUCAUAGCUGUGGGACUGGCCUUAACCACACCAACAACAGUAAGAACCAGGGAACCCAUGCCCACUACAACUGAAAAGCCCAAGAGUAGUGGUGUGGAGACCGUGGAGUCAAUGGAACGCCGGGACAAACGACAAUUGACUGCCAAUGGUGGCCAGAGCAGCCUGGCUGGUUCCAGUGGCCAAUUUCCCAUUUUCUUCGACGGCCUAAAUGUGAACCCCCCGCUGCAGCCGCUGCCACUGCCGCCCCUGCAGCCCCUGCAGCCGAUUACCGUGGUGACGCCCGUGGCCUCCAACUCGAAUGCCCAGAGUCAGCAGCCGCAGUCCGGCUGGCUGCCCGGCUUUGGCCAGAAUCUGCCCAUAAUCGGCACCUGGGUCGGCGGGCUGCCCAAUCUGAUCAGCGGUUUGGGUCUGGGCGGUCUGAACGGCGGCUUCGGCACCCUGGGUGGCCUCAAUCUGGGCAACCUGGGACUGGGCGCUGUAUCGCCCGUGGCCCCGGCUCCCGUCGCCUCGUCCCCCAAUUCCCAGGCCAGCUGUCCGCUCACCCAGAAGCUGAGCUGCCGCUGUGAGCCGCUCAUCCAGCUGCCGGGUCUGAAGCCCAUUUCGAAUCCUUUGAGAACCCAGCUGGUGCAGAUCCUGCGGCAGAAUGCCCGCAAAAACGACGAUGGCUCGCAAGAGGUGCGGGUGAUCCUGAGCAGUGGCCAUGUGUUGUACCAGAAGAUCACCAGGGAUCUCGGACAGAGCGGCUAUUUAGCCAUGAGGAUCCAGUCGGGCAGGUACUUCAACAUCUACUACAGUGUCAACGAGAAGGAGUACACUGUGCGGGCGGAUGUGAAGGACACGCCACCCACCUCCGAUUUCGACGACGAACUGAGCGGUCAGCUUUAA